CAGUACAUCCACAUUCACAGGAGACAAUUUACAGUUUACUGAUGUGGAAGUAUAUCAAGUUACAGAACACGCUGCACGCCAAGAUGAGACCCCGUGGCGGCAGCUACCUGAGGUGAAACAAAAGGUACUGAAGUCUGAACUGGAGACGUACUCACCCCCGGGGAAGCUGGAUCAUGUGAACAUCUUGUUGCUGGGGGCGGUUGGAUCGGGCAAAUCCAGCUACUUCAACACCAUCAACUCUAUAUUCCAAGGGCGGAUAACCUCCGUCGCCCGCAGCGGAAGUGCAGAACAUAGUCCAACAUACUACCUAUCGUUUGUACAAGAUAAAAUCGACCGACAGUCGACAGCCCUUGAAAGUUCGACUUUGUGACACAAGAGGACUUGAAGACGGUCUCAAUCUUGAUCUGUCGGACCUAAUGGCGAUCAUCGACGGUCAUUUGCCAGACAGGUUCACGUUCAACCCAUCUGUUCCUAUUCGUCCUGACACCCCUGGGUACAAGAAGAACCCAACCCUGAAUGACCGAAUCCACUGUAUUGCCUUCGUGGUCGACAGCACUGCCAUAGAUGUCUUCCCGGACAAAAUACUGCAGACGUUUAAAGCAGUUCAACACAGGGUGAAUGCCCAAGGCCUGUCCCAGGUGGUGUUGCUGACCAAGGUGGACAAGGCGUGUGAGGUGGUCAGCAAAGACGUGUCCCAGUUGUUUAUCAGCUCUGCCAUCAGAGACGUUGUAGAGAAGACGGGAGAGUUGCUGGGCCUGCCUCGCUCUCACGUGUACCCGGUUAAGAAUUAUGAGGAUGAGCUAAUCCUUGAUGACAACGUGACUAUCGCCGCUCUGACCAGCCUUGUCCAGAUGACGAGGUUCGCUGACGACUUCCUCAACGACUGUCCAGACCUUGAUGAAGAUUGAUCAAUGACAUCCCUGCUCUGACCAGCUUUGUCCAGAUGACGAGGUUCGCUGACGACUUCCUCAACGACUGUCCAGACCUUGAUGAAGACUGAUCAAUGACGUCCCUGUUCUGACCAGUGUCGUCCAGAUGACCACAUUUGCUGAUCGCUUCGUUAAUGACUGUCAAGACAAUUGUUUUGACUCGUGUUAUCUUUGUUGCUGAGUGUCAAACUCUUCAUUAUAAUGUUUGAAGAUGAGUAUCCCUGUGGGAUUAUUAUCAUUCUUCUAGAAUGUAGUUGAAAACUCAUUUCAUCAUGUGAAAUUAACAGUGCUUCCAGUUUCUUAUUACAUAUUUGUCCCUAGAUCUAGUGGAUACACACCUAACCUGUACUUCAGCUUUAUGUAUACCUGAUAUUUUCUAGGUUCUCAUGAAUUGCAUGUUGAAAUCAAGUGAUUCUGAAUUUUAUUUCAUUCUACCAUGACACAGAUUAUUUUUUCUUCAUAUGGAUGUAGCAUUAACCAGUUAUAUGACAUAAUUACAUCAAAUUAUACUUAAUUCGGUAAAAGAAGAUCCAAGUUAGCAGUUUUGUUGUGUAAAUUUAUCAUAUUUUACUCAAAACAACGUGAAUGUAAACAAUGUAUGGUCACCAUGAGUACGCCACCAAUCUCAUUGUCACUCUUCAAAUAGGAUUGUUGUGAUUGCAUGUAUCACCACUGCCGACCAAAAUAGAUCACUGUAAAAAUAUCCUUAUUAAUAUGUGUGUUGAUUCGUACAGUGGAUUUAUAUUUGUCUUUCAAAACUGAUCUGCGUUUACGUCAUAGGCUACACUUCACCUAAUGGGAUUUGUUUCCACAAAAAUCAUCAUGCGGACAAUAUUUCUUGAAUUCUUAAAGUAGAACGGGCACAAUGGUGGGUUUUUAAACAGAGGGUGCACAUGCACAUGCACACGCACACGGACACAGUCACGAACAGAAACACGUGCUGGGACUAAAACUGACUUCCCUAGUAAUGAUACAAAAUUAUAAAGACUGUAUAAUUAUUGUAAACUGUAAUCACAAUUUUAAUAAAGUGUUGUUGCCAUA